UUGCGUCUCGUCUCUGCCAUUACCGCUAUCUGAUCUGUGACGAUGUGAGACGGGGAGGACGGACGGUGAGGGGGUCGCUCCAGUCACGACUGAGAAAUUAAGUUUAACUUUUGACUCAUGCCCGGUUUUAGUGACACGCCAAACUAGCGGCCCACUUGUAUUUAGCUAGUCGAGUUAUCUCUUUUUUAAACGAUGGAGGACGACUGCCUGUGUGACUAUGAUUCGACCUGGGACUCGGAGAGUGACGGAGACGAGCCGGCCGGAGAAAGCCAACAAGUCAGGCGUUCAAACCAAGACAAAAACAAAACGUCUUGGACUUUAUGGCAUACUACGUCUAGAAAUAUGAGGGCUGCAAAGGACAUGCAGAACUACAGACGAGGCUAUCCUAAUCUUGCUGAUGACGAAUGCUCAGAAGACAAAAUGAAUAAUUUGAAAUUCUAUCUCAAUCAAUUUCCCUCCGCUCCUGAUGAUGUCUACAUUGAAUCUUUUCAUAAAGAAUGGAAAACUGACUAUAAGAGACUUGAGAGAGUUCACUCCUACAUUCAAUGGCUGUUUCCACUGCGGGAACCAGGGGUUAAUUACAUGGCUUCAGAACUCACCAAGAAGGAGAUUGAUGCUUUCAAGAAAAGUGAUGAAGCAAAAAGACGGCUGGUAGAGUCCUAUGAACUCAUGUUAGGUUUUUAUGGCAUUCAGUUGGUCAACACUGAGACUGGGGAAGUGAAACGUGCUGAAAAUUGGAAGGAACGUUUUGGAAACCUUGAGCGAAAUAUGCACAACAACCUGCGCAUCACUCGCAUCUUGAAAAGCCUUGGAGAGCUGGGCUUUGAGCACUAUCAGGCCCCACUUGUGCACUUUUUUCUGGAGGAGACUCUAGUCAAAAAGAACCUCAGCAGUGUCAAACGCAGCGUACUGGACUACUUUCUGUUUGCUGUGCUUGACAAGCGGAAACGCCAAGAGCUGGUACGCUUUGCGUACAUCCAUUUUGAGCCGAAGGACAAGUUUGUCUGGUGCCCCAGAAAGAUUCAGAAGCAGAUCAAGAGAGCGGAGAAGAGAUCAGAGGCUGCAGGGAGUGUAGAUGGAAGGGACGAAGUAUUUUCACGGUCUAAAUGCAAAGAUGGUGAGGCAAGCGGGCCACAAAAAGAGGAAACGAGUGGACUGGAUAAUGUGAAGGCUCUGAAGGCAUCUGAUGAAACAGUAAGUGAAUGCAAAGACAAACUUUCUAAAGGCUCAUUUGAAGCUAAACCAGAGCCUGGCACUGUUGGGAACGGAAAUGCAGAAGCUGAUUCUGAUAGUGAACGUCUGGGAAAUGGCAACGGCUGUAAUAAUGAUGAUGAUGAUGACGAGGAUGAAAUGGACCAGUUGGCCAGCCCUGAGACGAUGCUGGCUAAAGUUGAAACCAGUGAGGAGGUGGAGCAGAGAGACCCCAGUAUUAUGCAAACAGAUGAGAUUGAGUUGGAAAAACCACCGAAGAAGAAGAGGGAGGACAACAAGGUACUUCCAAGCAACAGUCCUGCUAGAGACUUUGCCAAUGGCCAGGUGGAGGAAAAAGGUGUCCCAAACAACAGCAUGUCUGGUAAGUCAAGCCCAUCAGCGUCGACACCCCUUAAAGCCAAGCCUGAAGGCUCUGCUAAACACUCACCUUCGUUUUUCUCAGGAAGGGAGGGAAAAAUUCCAAGGACUGAUUUUGGUCACAUGCCAGAUAAAAAGGAAGAGGGAGAAACUGCAGGGGCAAACGCUCCAACAAUAACUGAGGCACUGAGCAGCAAUGACAAAUGUAUUGAUGAACAUGCGAAUGGGAAGGACUCGGAGGCAAUGGAUGUGGAAUCAAACCUUCCAAACUCGGACCAAAACCUGGGCAAUUCAUGAACACUGGGCUUCAAGUUGAGUGGUGGUCAUGGGAGGCAAAUGGACAAAUCGAACAUCAAUAAAAUGUAUUUGAAGGACGGAGUGUGAACUGAGGGAGUUUCAAGGCCUUAUUAUUUUUUACUCUCCUCGUCAUUGUUUAGGUAUUGUUUCUUUUUUCCCAUUUUUCAGAAGUAUAUGAAUUCAUAAAUUCACAGGAUGUGGAAUUGGUUGUGACUUAUGUUGUUUCUACUGGGCAAAUUUUACAAUAUUGACAUAGUGAAGAUUUUAUCAGCCAUUUUGGGCUAUUAAUGAAGUAAUAGCACGCAGUUGUAAAUUAAAUGUUUUCUUCUUGUUUUAAUUCAGUACUACCACAGCUGAAUGCAUUUUUUGCACUGAAAUGUUUUUAUUCUGAAUUAGCGUUUUUCCUGGUCCAACUACCAAGCGAAAUUAAGAUUGAAUGUUAUCAAUACUGUUUUGUUGUCCCUCCUCAAGAGUAUUGCACAAUUUGUGUGCUUUGGUAAGAUAUUUGAAAACCUGACAACAUUGCCAAAAAUUUGAGACUGGUUGAUUGUAUGUAGUGGCGCAGUGGUUAGCACGGUUGCCUCGCAGCAAGAAGGUCCUGGAUUCGAGCCCAGGGUAGGCCAACCUUGGGGGUUGUCCUGGGUCAUCCUCUGUGUGGAGUUUGCAUGUUCUCCCUAUGUCUGCAUGGGUUUCCUCCGGGUGCUCCAGUUUCCUCCCACAGUGCAAAGACAUGUAGGUCAGGUGAAUCGGCCAUACUAAAUUGUCCCUAGGUGUGUGUUUGUGCGCGCGUGUGUGUGUGUGUGUGUGUGUGUCGGCCCUGUGAUGGCCUGGCAGCCUGUCCAGGGUGUCUCCCCGCCUGCCACCCAGUGACUGCUGGGAUAGGCUCCAGCAUCCCCGUGUCCCUGAGGGCAGGAUAAACGGUUUGGAUAAUGGAUGGAUGAUUGUAUGUGUGUCUUCUUGGCAGUAUUUCGGUAAGAUGCUUUGGCUGAAAUUUCAAGUCUAAUGUACAUUAUUACUAUUUUAAGUGAGAGAAGUGUUUGGACAUUUACAAGCCAGAUUGAUUUGUUUUGAUUUAUUUUAAUUGUUGUAUUUCUUUGUCAUUAUUUGCACUUAAAUUUGCGUCACUAAUGUUUCAAGUUAUUUAUCGUACAUGCCUAUAUUUACAGUAUGUUAGUAUUCCAAAAGUGCUGAAUAUUUUCAAGUACUUCACACAGUUUUACCAUGUAUUUCCCCACUGAAUACUUGGCUACUGAUACCACAAAAUAAGGUACUGCUAUUUUAUGUUAUUUGUAUGAAAUUGGUCAGUCUGUUUAGCCAAAGCCCAAAUCCAUUCCUGGUUUAUUUAAAUGCAAUUCUCAGGAAUACUUUGUGGUAGGUGUCAGCUUGCACUCAUUUUUAUGUCUUUGUUUUUCUCCAGCAGUGCAUACCCGCAAGCAUCCGUCCCGUUUUUGAUUUUUGUUUUUAAUUAAAGUGAGACUCGGAGGUAAUCGCUCUCAAAGAUUGGAGCAAUACUCCCAAGAGUCGGUGAGAAAUCGAUCUAAAAUUUGAGGUAUCUGUUGAUGGAGCAUUAAUUGUUCAUGUCUCAGGAUCAGUAUGGCUGUUACGUCAUUACUGAGUCUAACAAACACUGUUAACAUGGGAACAAUAAAUAUACGUGUUCACUGUCAAUACAGUCGUUCAGGACUUUGAGCCCGCUGCUUCUUGUUGCAUUGUCUUAAGCUGAAAUUUAACCCACACAUCCUGUUGAACUAUUCGAAAUAAAAUGUUGAAGUUUCAUUUGGAGUCUAACUCGAUUAGUGCAUUCAUAUUUAAUAUUGAAAACGUAACCUACCUUUUUAUGGCUAUGUAAUAUAUAGGUGUGGCGGUGGGGGGUCGGUCAGUUGGACUUUACCUCAAAAAUUAAGUGUAUUCAAUUAAACUAAACAAUAGUCGCCUUAGGAACAAAAUAUAUAGUCACUAUCAUGUUUUUAAACCUGAAAUAUGCAUUAUUUGGCCUACCUUCUGCUAAAAUACAAGUAUACUGUUAAGUAAGGCUGGCUUGCAUAAGGUACCCUGUGUUCAUAAAAAGAUCUCAUGUCUGUGAAUGUUCUCAUUCAUCCAGGUCAUGGU